CAGCGCUACCAUCAUCAUUAUCAGCAGCAGCAGGAGUGUCACCAGCAGCAGCACCUUCCUCUUCUUCUGCCUCCGCUGCCGCUGCCGCUGCUGCCGCCAGUGCGCUGGUGGGGGGAGUGGGUGAGCUGCUGCAGGCGGUACUGCGGGUGCGGCUGGCGGACCCUCGGCACAUGACACUGCACGCGGAGGCCAUCGAGGCGUUCGGCCGCUUCCUGGCGCUGCGCCCCGACCUGGCAGUGCCCACCGUGAGCUGCUGCCUGGAGGUGAUGGCACUGCUGCCGCUGGAGGCCCCCGGCCAGCAGCCGCCCCCCGCCCGCCAGACCCCCGAGUGGCGGGCGCAGUUCGAGGCGCGGCUGGCCAUGGCUAACGUGCUGCUGGGGCUGGCGAGGGCCGCCCCCGCCUCCCUGGUCCCCCACCUCUCCGCGCUGGUCACCGAG